AAUGUCCCGCAAAAUACCAAUAUUUUCUCGUUUGUAGAUUAUUUUCACGAGAUUUUGUUUUAAUGACAAAUAAGUAGUUUAUUGAUCCAAUUUGGGAGGCGUUUGGUAGAUUUUCGAUCAGUCUUAGAUCAGCUUUGAAUCUUAAACACAGGGGCCAACUCAAGAGUGUUCUCAUUUAAUUAAAUUUUUAUUUUCUUGUACUUCAUUGAAUAUUUUAACAUUUUGCCUAUUUACUUUCUUUUAGAAACCAUCAUAGUAUUUCUCUCCGUCUCUCUGACACCAAGACAGAGCAGUGCGAGGCAUUGGUCCAGAAAUUUCUCUGUAUUCUGUAUGAAAUUUUCAUCUACAUCCUGAUAACAGAUACCCGUAACCUGGACCAGUCCUCAUUUAGGUUAUUCACUGGGUACCACCAUAGUAAAAGAAAACUCACUAGAUGCAGAGAUUAGUAGCUCGGCAUGAACCUUGAGCUCUCCUUUCACAUAGUUCUUUUAUCAGGCAACAAGGUCUUCAAUCUCUUCUUGGUCCCUAUGCUAUAGCAACCAUGCUAGGAUUUCCAAACCGGUGGCCCUACUGAUCUUUAUUGAAAUGGAAAGCAGAAUCUUUCAAAUAUUGAAGAAGUGCAAUUCCAAGAAACAAGUCCAUCAGGCCCAUGCACAAAUUUUCAUGAACGGCCUCCAAGGGAGCAACCUUCUGCUGGGCUCACUCAUCCACCUCUACUCAACGUUGAACCAAUUCCAAUAUGCGCUCUUGGUCUUCAAAAUUGCACCAUCUCCAAAUGUUUUCCUCUACAACAGUAUGAUCAAGGCCUGCAACCAACACAAUCAUCAGAGGGAUGCACUUUUUCUGUACAAUAAUAUGAGAGGCGUUGGUGCCUUUCCUAACAGCUAUACCUUCACCUUCUUGCUGAAAUCUCUGGAAGCUUUUGAGGAUCUAAACGAAGCCAAAAUGAUGCAUACCCAUGUAUUUCAAUCUGGUUUCGAGUGCAAUGUCUUUGUGCAGAACACUCUUAUCGAUCUGUACUGUAAGUGCGGGGAUGUAGGUGCAUCUUUUAAAGUGUUUGAUGAAAUGGCUGAACGAGAUGUUGUGUCUUGGAACUCGAUGGUUGCUGCAUGUAUGUCGCACGAAGAUGCUGAAACAGCCCUGGAGUUGUUUCAUUCUAUGCCAGAGAAGAAUGUAGUGUCGUGGAACUCCAUGAUUGCGGGAUACAUGAAGCUUGGAAAGAUUGAACAGGCACAGACAUUUUUUAAUCAGAUGCCUGAAAGAAAUGUUGUUACGUGGAAUUCGAUGGUUGCAGGGUAUAUCCAGCUUCGUGACAUGCAAACGGCACAAAACAUUUUCGAAAAAAUGCCUGUAAAGAGUAUUGUAUCUUGGACAUCUAUGGUCUCGGGUUAUGCACAAUCCGGCGACAUGUUCUCUGCACGUCUGCUAUUUGAUCAGGUGCCAGAGAAAAAUGUGGUUUCAUGGAACGCAAUGAUCAGUGGUUAUGCCCACAACAGUCGAUAUAAUGAAGCAUUGAGCUUGUUUCAACAAAUGCUGGUAACCGAACUCCAACCAGACGAGGUGACAGUCACAAGUGCUCUUACAGCAUGUGCCCAGAUAGGUGCUUUGAAUCUUGGAAGGUGGAUAAAUUCUUAUAUUGACAGAACUAGAUCUGAGAUGAGUUUGGCUGUUGGUAAUGCACUAUUGGAUAUGUAUGCGAAGUGUGGUGACAUCCACAGUGCGCGUAGAGUUUUUAGGGAAAUGACUCAGAAAUGUAUCAUCACUUGGACAUCCAUGGUUUCAGGCCUGGCCUUCAAUGGACAUAGUAGAGAAGCUCUUGCACUCUUUGACAGAAUGUGCAAGGAGGGAACAGAACCGGAUGAUGUGAUCUUCAUUGCUGUUCUUUCAGCAUGUACCCAUGCAGGCUCCAUUGAUGAUGGUCUUCGAUACUUUCAAUCCAUGGAGAGAGAUUUUCAUCUGAAUCCUAGAAUUGAGCAUUAUGGCUGCAUAGUUGACCUUUUGAGCAGAGCAGGAAAGCUAGAGGAGGCACUAGGAUUCAUUAUGAACAUGCCCAUGAAGGCCAAUGUCGUAAUCUGGGCCACAUUGCUUGGAUCCUGUAAACUCCAUAGGAAUUCCAGAGUAGCAGAAAUUGCAGAACAGGAAAUCCUGAAGUUGGAGCACUUGAAUCCUGCAUACCAGGUGCUUAUGUCCAACGUUUAUGCGUCGAUUGGAGAUUGGGAUGAUGUGCUGCAAAUUCGAGCGAUGAUGAGAGAGCGUGAUAUAGAGAAGGUUCCUGGAUGCAGCUCCAUUGAAGUGGAUGGCAUUGUUCAUGAAUUUCUGGUUUCAGACUUGCAGCAUCAGAAUAGAAGGCAGAUCUAUGAAACUCUUGAUGGGUUGAAUCAACUAUUGCAAAUUGAAGGAUAUGUGCAAUGUAGGAGCAACAAUGUUGCGGGGACCCAACUUCAUUCCACAAGUUUACAGGAAGCUUAAGUAAUCCGGGCAUUUGUUGAUACUGAGAGUGAAUAUGUUUUCACCUGGUAUUUAUGAAAAAUUGGCAUUUUGGGGCCCAUCUCACCUUUGAUUUCACAAAGGACCACACUUUGUGGUUUUUCUAAUUAUGGUCACAAUGUUCAUGGAAUCUGUCAAAUAAGGGCUUAAAGUGAAUCUUCAUCAACUGGAGAAAUGGGGAAGAUUGGGUGUAA